AUGAGCAAUGGCUUCACAAAUGUUACUAUAUCAAAACCAGAUGGACAAGUCACAGGCAUAUCAUAUGGUGGGAUCGAAAACCUACUAGCCACCCAAAAUGCUGAAAACAAUAGAGGGUAUUGGGAUAUUAUUUGGAACAACACUGGACCUCGAACCAUCCGAAAACCGUUAUUGGGAUCAAGUUUUGAGGUGAUAAUUGACAAUGCAAACCAGACAGAAAUUUCAUUUAAAAGAACGUGGACUACUUCUCAAUCUGAUGAACCUCCUUUAAACAUUGACAAAAGGUAUAUAAUGCUACGCGAUACACCAGGAUUUUAUACUUAUUCGAUACUUGAGCGUUUAGAAGGAUGGCCAGUUUCGUAUAUCCAAAAUCUCAGGAUUGUGUACAAGCUUCAACAAGACAUGUUUCACUACAUGGCUGUCACUGAUGAGAGGCAACGGUUCAUGCCAACAGAACUGGAUCGAAAGAAUGGCAAAGUGCUUGACUACAAAGAAGCUGUUCUUCUCACUAAUCCGACCAAUCCAGAUUUAAAAGGAGAGGUGGAUGACAAGUAUUUUUAUGCAAAUAAUAACGAAGAUGAUAAAGUUUAUGGAUGGGUGAGUGCAAAUAAUUCUCUAGGAUUUUGGAUGAUUAUUCCAAGCAAUGAAUUUCGUACUGGAGGACCUCUUAGACAAGACCUUACUACACAUGUUGGUCCAACUGUACUUAGUGUAUUUGUGAGUGCACAUUAUGCAGGAGAGGAUUUAGCAAUUAAAUUUCAACAUGGAGAACCAUGGAAAAAAGUUAUUGGCCCUGUGUUUGUGUAUCUUAACUCAAAUGCUGCAGCUAAGGCAAAUCCAUCCAUACUGUGGAAUGAUGCAAAGAAUAGAAUGAAUCAAGAAGUUGCAAGUUGGCCUUAUGACUUUCCAGUUUCAAAAGACUAUGUCAAAUCUAAUCAAAGAGGAAGAGUUAGCGGCCAACUAUUUGUUAAUGAUAGGUUUGUCAAUAAACAAGGUGUGCCAGCAUCGAAUGCUUAUAUAGGAUUAGCGCCACCAGGAGACGCUGGAUCUUGGCAGAGAGAAAAUAAAGGAUACCAAUUUUGGACUAAAACUGACUCUAGUGGGAAUUUCAUCAUAAAAAAUAUCAUACCCGGUAAAUAUAACCUGUAUGCAACAGUCCCAGAAUUUUUUGGGGAUUACAAAUACACUUCAGAUGUACAAGUAACUCCAGGUUCUAAUAUUAAAUUAGGGACUUUGGUUUAUAAGCCUCCAAGAAAUGGAGCCACACUUUGGGAAAUUGGUGUGCCAGAUCGCACUGCUAUUGAAUUCUUUAUUCCGAAUCCACCUCCAGAAUUCAAAGUUCACAAAUACAAAAACGACACUGAAUCAAAAUUUAGACAAUAUGGUUUGUGGAAACAAUAUAAUGUUUUAUAUCCUAAAAAUGAUCUUGUAUACAAUGUUGGCACUAGCAAUUACUCAAAAGAUUGGUUUUUUGCUCAUGUUACCAGGAAUGUCGGAAACAACAUAUAUAAAGCUACCACAUGGAAAAUUAUAUUUAACCUUGCCAAUGUUGACAAUGCGUCAAAUUACACUCUCCAACUUGCUCUUGCUGCAGCUCAUGAAGCUGAACUACAAGUUCGUAUCAAUGAUGAAAAAGCAAGAGAACCUCAUUUUACGACAGGAUAUAUUGGGGGAAGUAACCCAAUUGCAAGACAUGGAAUUCAUGGAUUAUAUUUUCUUUACAGCAUUGGAAUACAUGGCAAUAUGCUUGUCAAAGGAACAAACACAAUUUUUCUUACACAAACAGUAUGUCUCACCCCAUUCCAAGGAGUUAUGUAUGAUUAUCUUCGUUUAGAAGGACCUCAUUAG